CUCAACUACCUGAUUACCAUCGACAGUACUGGCAAGCUCCGGUGGGCACGUAAUGGAGAGCUGGUCGACACCACUGCCGGCCGGUACAAGGACGCAGGUGGUGGGCGGGGAAUUGUGCCAUUCGAAGCACCCGACAUCACCCAUGAGCCCAGGGCCAGCUUCAGUGCCCCUUCGCCGGACACAGGCCCAAGCUCCGGCUCCAACUCCUCGCUCGCGGACAGCCAGAUGAUGCAUUAUGUCGGCCUUCGGAGACAACCGAAGAACCCUGUCAAGAGGGUGUUGUGGAAGAACUUCACGCUUAAAGGAUUGGUGGACAAACUGCUCCGCAAGACCAUCAAGCGCAAUACCUGGAUCUAUGUCUCGGUGAGUACCUGC